AUGGAGGCGUAUUAUACAUCGCCAAUUAACAUCAAUGACAAACCCUGGUCCCCGUCUGAAGUCACAGCGCAGUUCAAGCCUCUGGUCGCUGCAUUUCCGGACUGGCACUGGACUAUCAGGCAUCUGACUAUCGAAAACGGCUAUAUGGCACUUCAUCUGAGUGUCACUGGCACUCAUCAAGGCGAGUUCCAGGGGAUCCAACCAACGGGACGUCGUGUGACUACGUCGUAG